AUGGCUGCUUUUGCUGUUCAUUAUGAAUAUCUGAAUUUAAAUGAUGUUUCGAAGGUGAAACGUUGCAAUGCCAUUGCAGUCGUACGAUAUCUUCGAUCUCCAGCUAAAACUCGGGGGACUAGUUAUUGUUUGCAAGCCAGUUUGACUGAUCCAUCUCUUUGUGGAGGCAAAAUGACUUGCCUUUUCUUCGAUGACGAAUUGGAGUCACUGCCUCAGCUUACUACUCCCGGUGAUAUCAUUGUGGCGCAUCGACUUGAAAUACAGUCUGUGAAUGGCGUCAACAAAGCUGUGGGAUGUCGUUCGCGUGGAUUUGCGGCAGUCGUUUUUGCCAGCCACUUAGAUCAAGCCUGUCCAGUUGAAAUGACACCUCGUGCUUCUCGUCGUUCUUGCAGAUAUGGAGUUUAUGAGUUGCAAAAAGUAAAGCAGCUUAGAGAGUGGGCCAAGUCUAGUGCCUGCCACCUAGAGAUGGAAACAGCUGCUCAGUCUCCUUAUCCCUCUUUGUACAUGGAUCAACAGGACCUUUCGUUUGGUUCUUCAAUAGUCGGAGAGUUUCAAGGCGUAGAACAAUCACCCACUUUAGUGCAAGAACAAGAACUGUUAGAUACUCUCCAUCAUCCAAAAUCGAUAUCGCAACCUGACACACAAUCAUCAGGAAUACGAGGAAUGGAGUUCCAGCCUCCUAUACAUCAGGAGGAGCGCGGAAAAUUC